AACAAGGGCAUUUUGCAAUUUUACAAAUACUGGGGUGGUGAAUGUAAAAAGAAACUAUCCUUCCCAUUUCUCACUUUGAGGGCUCUUUAUCAACAUCAUCCAUGUCUUCUGUUCUGGUUUCUCAAAAGACUCCUAUCAGUCCAUUGUUUGGCCAUCAAGAUUUUUACACAAAAAUUAGUUCUUGAAUUCCUAAACCCAAGUUGUCCUCUCUCUCACAAGUCACAAAUGCAUCUCCAAACCCAAUCUCUCACCACUAACUUACCUCUCCCUUCUCUCUUUCUCCCAAAACCAACAACAACAAAGCCCCACCAAUUCACACCUCUAAAGCAGCAAAAACCAUUCCCCCAAUUCUCCUUAAAAUGCUCUCUUUCAACUGUAUCAGCGGAGCCACCUACUCAUGUUGUUGGAUCCUCAAAUGAUAAGCCCUUUCCUGCUGAAAUUUCAAGAACCAUCAUGGAGUUAUCUUCAGUUGGCACUCUUUCUACUUUGACCCCAGAUGGCUGGCCUUUGAGUGUUGGUGUUAGGUUUGCUGUUGAUGAUGAUGGCACUCCUAUUUUGUGCUUGAGUGAUUCUCAUAGACAGUUUUCUGUUGAUAGAAGGUCUAGUCUUCAUGUUCAGUUAGAGCAAUCUGGAAUGAGGACACCUCAGUGCACAAUUCAAGGAAGCCUUGACAAGCCUGAGGACACAAAGCUUUUGAAGCGGGCUCAUUCAAUGUGGAAAAAGAGAUUUGGAGAAGAAGUUAAGGAUGAACUUAUUUAUGUUGUGGCCAUGGAGCGGGUACUUCAAAUGGAAGACUUCAUGGAGGAUGGUGUAUGGGUCUCAUCUUCUGAUUAUAAAAAUGCUAGCCCUGAUCCACUCCGAGACUUUGCAGAAGCAUUUGCCAAUGAGAUCAAUGACAAGAACAUGGAAGAUGUUAGCCGCUUUUGCAAUGUAUAUGUUGAUUUGGACUUCCAGGUGUCAGAAGCGAAGAUGAUAUGGGUUGAUAGGCUAGGCUUUGACAUGCGUCUUUGGUCUCCUCAGAAAGGCACGUUUGAUGUCCGAAUUCCUUUCCCAAGAGAAGUGACUGAUGUGAAGGGUGCCAAGUCCUCAUUCAAUGGUAUGUCACAGCUUGCUUGGGAGGUGGAAAAAAACUACCAGACGCUGAACUUUAAGAAGGUGCAGCAAUUAAAGCAGAUAACACACAAGGGAUUGUAACAAGUAAUUUUUCAUAAUUUUUGUGAGAUACUAUGAUAGGAGGCCCUUAAUGACAAUUCUUUGCUGAGUUUUUAUUGUCCAUACUUUUGAUGGUUCAAGAUUGACCCAUCCAUUCAGACAAAUUUGUUGAAAUUACGAAUUUGAUUGGCAA